GUCUUUCCUUGUGAUAUUGUUGGCAACAAAGAGGGUGGAAGUGGCUUCAAGUCAUUUCUCGAGUGUCUGCGCUUGGCGCAUUGUGUUCUUGCCCCCCACAUCUCAUAUAACCAUGGUUUCAGCACACUCACAACAAUGGACCUCUUCCGAGUGGAUCUGAAAUCUGAGAUUCAUCUCCGGUUUUUGCUGUCUAGCUGCAGCAAUCUUGAAUGGUUGGGGUUGUGUGAGUGUUACAACUUGGAAAACAUUACAAUAGAGAAUCCCUUUUGCCAGAAAUUGAAGUACCUGAACGUGAGUCUUUGCCAACAAUUGAAGAAACUCGUGCUCCACAACACCAGUUUGGAGACCUUGGAAUACAAGGGAAGAGAAAUUGAACUUGUGUUUGAUGCGCCCAGACUUACAACUUUCUACAGUCCUGUGAGUGACACUUCUGCUUGUCAUAAGAAGCUUUGGCCAAUCCUCAAACUUCCCACUGUUCUACCCCAGAUGGAAACUUUGAUCCUCGAGUGCAGUUGUUUCAUGGGUGAGGUUAUGAAAAAUAGAUUGUCUGCAUUAACAUUUCCAUGGCUGAGGCAUCUUGAAGUUAUUAAAGUGGCUACAGUUCGACAGGAUCUGGGUUGGGUAGCCAUAAUUCUUAAGACAUGCCCUGUACUCCGAAGACUAGACUUACACUUAAGGACUUAUUUUUGCUGUACUGAAGAUGAGGUAAGCGAAAGUGAUUGGCCUGAGAAAUUCUCACAUGAAGAUCUGAAGGAAGUAGUAAUAACUGUUAGAGGACAUUCAAGUGAAAUUGAAAUUGCAAUUUAUCUUAUGAGGGUGGCACCUGCGCUGCAGAAGAUGAUCAUAGAACCAACUGCAAAGAUAUGCAGUUUUUAAAGCUUAUUUCGUUAUUGGUCUGAAUACCUAUCUAAAAUUAAAAUUUAUUUCAUUAAUAUAACUUAAAAGUC